AUGGAAGAAUCUCUCGAACUGGUGGACUCUUCGUCGGAAGCAACCGCAGACGAAGAAGAGGCCAGUUUGGUCUGCGACGAAGUCGAUCUGCGGGAUGUUUUGAGCACCGAAAUUGAGAUCAAAGAAGAGGAGGUCGAGCUGGACGAGGGAACGUUCCUUCCGGCUGAUGAUACUCCGGACCCGAUCGGUGGCGACGCGGCUCGGUACGAUGAUAGUGAAACGGGUGCCUCGACGGCGUCUGCCGAUGAAGCCGUUAGAAAGGAAGCAUUGGAGUUUCGGAGUCGGAAGAGGAGGGGGAAGAAAUCCGGCUCGUCGACAGAGUCAGCGGAUGAAGUUGGUGGUAAAAAGAAGCGGAGGGCCAAACCAGCAUUGACGGUGAAGAGUAAGAGGAAGCGAAGAAAACCUAAAUUUGAUGGAUUGGUCAUGCCACGGUUCGUUCCCGGAAUGAUGGUCCAGCGUAGUAAGAAGUACCUUUGUCUGGAGUGUGGCCAGCAGUUUGAUUCGAUAUUUCGGUUUGCGACUCACACGAAACGGUGGCAUUUGGCGGCGUUGCCACGAUAUCCACACUGUUGCUUCUACUGUCCGCGGAAGUUCCAGGGGAAAAGGGCCUUGCAUCGGCACUUGCUGAUUCACAGCCGGCUGGAGCCGUUGCGAUGUCCCAUUUGCCGCGGUACUUAUCACUCGGCCUUUGGGAUGGCCACCCAUUUGGAAAUUCAUAAAGCUGAAGCUUUAACUGUUCAAAAGAAACCGGAAGUUACGCAGCAGAACUUUAAGAAUUCAAUCUACUCGAAAAAUGUGACUCCCCUCGACAACGUUUGCUUCGUUUGUGGCGCGACGGAAGCCUCGGAAGAUGACCUGAAGACUCACCUGAAGACCGCACACCAAGGAAUGCUCCAGUGUAAAGCAUGCUACGAAAUGGUCCCAACCGCCGCGGAGUUGCUCGACCACGUCGACACGGUCCACAACAAUCAGGCCGAGCUUACGUACUACCGCUGUCCGCUGCAGCACUGUAGCCGGUCCUUCCUCUCCGCCGCAGAUGUGCGAAAACACUCGCAAGCUUGCGUCCCCCCGCCACCAAAGCCCGCAAGCCGCCCCCAUUCCGGCACUCCGAUGGUCUGUGACAUCUGCGGGCUGACCUACUACGAGCUGGACCACUUUGUGACGCACAUGCGCCUGCACGGGACGCUUUCGCGCGAGAUUACCGGCUACGGCAACUGCAAGUUGUGCGCGUUUGUGGUGAAGAGUCCGGGCGAGCAGGCCCUUCACAUGGUCCAGCGGCACGGGUACCGGGAUCGGUUGGCGUCGCUGGUUGACGCGUACGGCAAGUUGAACAUUGUGCCGCCGAAGGAGGUGGAGGAGUCUGGGGAGAGCAGUGACGGCGGUUGA